AUGCUUAAAAACAUUAUUAAAGUUGAUACUGACCUUUUUUCAUAUGAUGGAGAUACUCAGGAAAGAUGCUGUGGUAAGUCAGAAUGUCGAGAAGCAUAUCAAGCAAAACAAAAAGAACAAAAAGAAAAACUUAACGAAUACAACCUUAACCAGCAAAAAAAAGAAGAAACUUGCCGUCAGUAUAAUAAAAAAUGUCAAAAUAUUGAGGAUUUAGAAAAUCAAAAGAAAAACUUGUUGAGAUGUCAAAAAUGUCAGCAAAUUCCUGAUAAUGGCAAAUAUUAUGAAGUAGGUGGCGAGGGACAAUACUGCAAAAGUUGUGCCAAAAAAGUCGCUACUGAUAAUAAUGAGAAUGAAAAGCCAACUAAUAAAACUCCAAGAACUUCAACCAGUAAUCAAAGCCCUUGUGAAAAAUGUAAUUUAACUUUUUCAAUAUAUUAUAAUGUAGGAGGCAAAGGACAUUAUUGUAAUAGUUGUGCGGAUGAAAUUAUUAAAAACCCGAACAAUAAAAAAUACGAUGCUAAGUGCCAAGACUGUGGAAUAGAGAUUGGUUUAGGGACUCAUUGUGCUAGUUGUUUUAAUAAUAAACGUUCUCCCUCUUCUAAUAACGACAAUAGUGAAAAAAAGAAAAACAUUCCACCACUGAGGCAAGCAGUAUAUGGACAAAUCAAAGAGGAAAGAAUGAAAAAUGCUAAGGAAAUGAUAAAAGCAGGAAGCAGUUGUAAAAAUUUAAUUCUUGAUGAUUUUUCAGAAAAAGAAAAAAAAGAAUUAGAAAGUUAUGAAAAAAAUAGAGUUGAUUAUCAUCAUAUAAAAUCAAAUAAUGAAUUAUCAGGAAUGCAAAUUGUCGGAAUUACAUUUGUCUGA